UCCUUUGCUCGUCACUAGUCCAUCUGUGUUACCUCUGUGUGUCUUCCCUAUGUUGCCUCAGCGUUACCUCCUGAAGAAUGCUGAAUGGUCACCUCAUCUCUAAACUGAUGUGUUUGGAUGUCUUUAUUUGUGUAGGAAACAUGGCCUCAACUAUUACCGAGGUGGCUGCUCUCGGCCGACCUUUUACCUUAGGGAUGCUCUACGAUGCCCGGAGCGAUAAACUCAUCCCAGGUGUCACACUGUGGGAUGACAAAACUCUACAGGAGAAAUCGGUGCAAAAUGAUCAUCACAGCAGUAACUUUGAAGUUAGUAGCUCUGAUUCCAUUGAAGAUAAGUCAUCUUUGUUGAGCAUUGAUGCUUCACUGAAGGCCAGUUUCUUUGGAGGACUCAUUGAAGUUGGGGGAUCAGCCAAAUAUCUGAAUGAUAAGAAGAAAUCUCACAAACAGAGCCAAAUCACGCUUCAGUACAAAGCUACCACCAAAUUCAAACAGCUGAUGUUGUCUCCUGAUGAAACCAAGAACACUCAAGGAGCAGACGAUGUGAAGCAUUUGGCAACACAUGUAGUCACAGGAAUCCUUUAUGGAGCAAAUGCUUUCUUUGUGUUUGAAAGUGAGAAGUUAGAUAGUAGCAGUAUUCAGGAGAUCAAGGGAACCAUGCAAGCUGUGAUAAACAAGAUUCCCUCUUUUAAUGUUGACGGAAAAGUUGACAUCAAGCUAAGUGAUCAGGAAAAAGCUGUGACUGAUAAAUUCACUUGUAAAUUCUAUGGAGACUUCAUUCUUGAAAGCAACCCUGGAACAUUUGAAGAUGCAGUGAAGACAUUCAGCCAACUUCCAAAACGACUGGGAGAAAACAAAGAAAAUGGUGUACCCCUGAAGGUCACACUGAUGCCUCUGAAGAAUUUACAUCCAGAAGCUGCUGAGGUGCUGACAGAGAUCAGCAUUAGACUUGUUAUAAAGGCUCAAGAUGCACUGAAGGGGUUCCAUAAUCUGGAAAUAAGAUGCAAUGAUCUGCUGGAGGACAGAGUGGUGAGAAGCUUUCCACAGAUACAAGAAAAGUUGAGCAGAUUUCAGAAGCUCUGCAUAUUUUUCCGAUCUUCACUCGAACAGACAAUGGCCAAGAAACUUCCCUCCAUCAGGGCAGGUGAGGAAGAUGUGCAGGAAUUAGAGAAAGUGUUUGAUGGCAGAGAGAAGUCACCGUUCAGUCAACAGAAAUUAAUGAAAUGGGUCCAAGAGGAAGAGAGAGAAGUCACCAUGAUCAGAUACAUCGUAGACAUGAUGAAGGGAACAAAGAUGAUCUCAGAUCAGUUUGAGCUGGAAAGAGAGGUGUUUAAACCAGGAGUAGAGGAUGUUCUCUGCUUUGUUUUCACCUCCCUGAAAUUCACUGACCCAUAUCUGCAGAACAUGUCUGACUACUUGGAUAAAAUUAAAUCAAAAGAUACUGACGGUGUCACGCCAUCUACCCAGGACCAAUGGUACUCCUCACAUGAAGUUAUAGCCAAAAUGAAAGAAAAGGCAGAAGCUGUGAAGAACUGUAGCAGACUGUUUAUUACAGCCAUUGAAAAUGACAAAUACAAAGGAGCAAGUAUCUACCACUACAGAAACACAGUCCUGGUCACCGAUGAUUUCUCAGGGCCUAAAGUUGUUGAUGUGGAAAAGGUAACCAGCAGAAGAGAUCUGAUGUGGUAUGCCUGUGAUCUCACUCUGGAUCCAAAUACAGCAUACAGCUUCCUCGCUUUAUCUGAACAAAACAAGAAGGCAACAUUUGGAGAAUGUCAGACAAAUUUUGACCUCCCAGAGAGGUUUGAUUCAUUGCCUCAGGUUCUGUGCAAGGAGGGGCUGACUGGGCGCCAUUACUGGGAAGUUAGGUUGAGUAACGGUUCUAACAAUAAUGUUGGUGUAGCUGUUACAUACCAAAGCAUUGGAAGGAAGGGGAGCAGUACGGACAUAGGACUUGGUUCUAAUCGCAAAUCCUGGUAUUUGGGUGUGUAUGAACAAGCACUCAAUGCAUGGCAUAAUGGUAAAGUGUGGAGCUGCACUCUUCCCAGUAAUGGCUGCAGCAGAGUCGGAGUGUUUCUUGAUUGGUCUGCUGGCACUCUGUCUUUCUACCAAGUUUCCCAUAAAACACUGAGACACUUCUACACCUUCCGCACCACCUUUACAGAGCCUGUGUACCCGGCUUUCUGGAUUAGGUACAGGUCCAAUUAUGUUGCCUUGUGUCCAGUUGAAUAAGAGCAGCAGAGUCAGUCAUAGCUGUAAAAAGUGUGGCCAAAAACAGAGUUAAAACACUUGUGCACAAAUACAUUUAAACUCUUGUGAUAUGUAUCCUAUGAUUAAUUUCACUGCUGCAUUAUGUUAUAUUAAAAAAAAAAGGAACCAUAACAUGAUGUCUAACUGGCAUGUCCUUAUGGCUAAAGCAGCUUCCUCCCACCCAGACAGGGACAUUACAAUACCUAUUAAGGUGUUUUGCUGUAACUGGGACUGAAACUUUAGCAACAGACAUCCUUUUUAUGAGUACUAGUAAACUCUUUUUCUUUUUGCUUGUCUUUGUCAUAACUGCAUGAUAAAACUAAAUGUAUUUUAACACACUUCUUAAUCACUGGUUCUGUAUUUUGGAUUACCGAGAUAUUUUGGAGAAUUCAAUGCUUCCAACUUUGUGGGAAGGGUUUAGGAAACAUUGUUUUCUGUUCUAGCAUGACUGCACUCCAGUGCACAAAAUAGGGUCCACAAAAGCAUGGUUGGAGAAUUUGGGAGUGAAAGAAUGUGAUUAGCGUGCACAGAGCCCUGACCUCAACCCCAAACACCUUUGGAUUGAACUCAGAUGGAGCUUUUAAUGAAAACAUUGAUGUCUGACCUCACAAAUCAUCUUCUGAAUGGGAAGGACAGUGGGACUGAAUGGUAAUAAUUUACAGACUUAAUAGGAAGUUCUUGAAUUGACUCUGCCUCAUACUUUAAAACUUACCAUGAUUAAGGGAACAUUGGGGAUUCUGCUUAACAAUAGAAUCGCGUCUUUAAAAGUAUUCCUGUACUUAAUCUUUUGAAAGGAUGGUAAAUGUGGUGCUGGUUUUUGUUUCAGUAUCUUACUUGGUUUACAAUUAAGAGAUAAUUAUUUUUCUUAUUUUUACUUACAGAUUAUCAUUCACAGCUAUCAGUGUGAUAACCAAAAAAAUACUGCAUUUGUAAAAAUUAACGUGUAUUGUAAGGGAGUAUUACAUUAACAGAUAGUGAGGCAAUAUGUGUAACAGCAGCUAAUUUUUUUUCUGUUGGACAUAGAAACUUUUGCAAGAAUUUGCCAAAUCAUCACGCCCUUUCUUUCCAGCUCAAACAAACUUUGUGUAACACUGACAUUUGCUGGACAUAAUCAAUAAAGUUGAAUCCUGAUUUGAACACUGUUAGAAAUAUCGUUUGGGUUGUUACUGAAAAAAAGUAAUGUAUAACACUUUAUUCAUUACGUUUCUUCUUAAAAUAAAUGCAUUCUACUACUUAAUUAUACUUCAGGGAAAGUAAAUUGUUAUACUACUCAUAUGUUAGGAUAAGAUUAUACUGUUGUAAUGUAAAAGCAUUGGA